AUGGACUCCUCCCCAGACCCGUCCCCCCUCCCGUCCCCCCUCCCCAUCCCCACCACCGCAUACCGCCGCCACGAAGACCUCGAAGACCACGAGCAUUCCUCCCCCGCCUUCGACUACCACCAGGAGCGACGGCUCCAUCUCAAAGAUGAGAUUUGGAUGUCCCACCACCUCCCCCGUCUUCCCCCGGCGAGCGUCUCCGAGGCCGGAUCAUCUGUAAAGACGGAAACUGGCACGAGCUACAAGAACAAGAUGGCCCCUGGUGAUUAUUUCGAAUUCACCUCGCCAUCCGCCCGCGUCAGGCAACUUAGCCCUAAAGCCUCGUUUAAGAACCUCACAAAGCCCGAUUUCGGCAACGUGGCCAGAGGCGGCGACGGCAUGGCUCGGUACGAUACUGAAGAAGCCCCCAAUGAGGAGGAUGAUUUCGCAGGGGCCUUCCAGCGUCGAGCUAGUAUUCAGCCCGAGCCGCAGUCCACCCUCCUUUCGCCCUCGGGCCCAGAGUACGGCGACCUCGACCCUGCUGCUUCCAUCAUUCACAGACGGGAGCGAGACCAGCAAGAAGCUCUUGAUUUGGAGGAAGAGAGAAAGGAGAAGGAGCUGGCGACGAAAGGGUUGGCGGGAAUCGAAGGCGUCCAACUUGCGCAGAUGGCGCCACAGGAGGCCCCCAAGGAGCAUCUCCCAGUUGGUGAGUGUUUCUACUCUUAUCUCGAGAAUGCUGGUCCCGCAUCAUCCUUUGUUUCGUCAUUUCCGCGCGGCUCUGCAAAUCAUGUGGUCGUCCUUUGCCAUGUUGGUUCCAUCUCUACCGACACCUUCGGGGACAAACGCGAGGAGAUCGUCGGACGCAUCAAACCUUUGUCUUGA